AUGACGACGACACGGAAGAGAAGAGGACGAGGAAAUGAUGGAAAAUGUCGACGCUUCUUCGUUUCCUGGUGGUGUCGUGUACUUCUUCUUCUUCUUCUUCUUCUUGGUGGUGGUGGUGUCGCAGCCGAGGAGGAGAACGACGAGGAGGCGAAACAACGACGAUCGAAACUGUACGCGUUGAAAGUGAAAUCGAUGUUCGAACACGCGUUCGAAGGGUACAAAACGUUCGCCUUCCCCGCGGACGAGUUAAAGCCAGUCUCAAAAUCAAAGACGAACUCUUUGCAAGAGUUGGGCGCAAACGCGCAAGAUCAGAAACAUUUUAAGAAAGAGUACGAUGGGUUAGCGAUGAGUUUAAUCGAGAGUUUGAGCACAUUAGCGGUGAUGGGGAAUAGCACGAAGUUUACGAAAAGCAUCGAUUGGUUGUCGAAACAUUGGCCGGAGCGGUUGGAGAGGAACUAUAAGGACUUGCGGGUGAACGUGUUCGAGGCGAAUAUUAGAAUUUUAGGCGGGCUUUUGUCCGGACACGUCUUAGCCGGUGGGAACGAAGGACUGAGAAAAUGGAGCAAAGAAAUGUACGGAGAAGCGUCGAUGUCGGCGUCUUUUAAUUCCGUGUGUUUCGGUAACGUCGGAGAGGAAGGGAUGUAUAAAAACGGCGAGAGGAGAGAGUACGACGGGUCGUUGUUACGAAUGGCGAGGACGUUCGGUGAGAUGCUUUUAAAAUCGUUCGAGGAAGACGAUGUGAAUAAGGUGAAUAGAAAGGUAAAGAAAACAAAGUUACCGUACGGAUGGGUGAAUUUAGAGCACGGGCCAGUGAGAGAAAAGCCAAACACGAACGUCGCGGCGAUUGGGACGUUGGCGUUAGAGUUUGGGACGUUGAGUCGAUUAACUGGAGAUAAAAGGUUUGAAGAGAAGGCGAAAGAGGCAAUGGUAGAUGUAUGGAGUCGCAGAAAUGUCAGGACGAACUUGUUAGGGUCUAUUAUUAACGUUGAGACGGGUAAGUGGAUCGAUUCUGUCGGCGGUAUUGGCGCGAACGGCGAUUCGUUCCACGAAUACGCGUUGAAAAGUUACCUCAUGUUUGGCGACGAAGAAUACCUGGAAAUUUUCGUGCCAGCGUAUAAAGCGGUGAUGAGGUAUUACCAUAAAUCAAGCGGAUGGUUUACCGACGCCGAAAUGAAUACUGGGGACGAUCGACAUCAUCAAUUGACGGCGUUACAAAAAUUCUGGCCGGGACUACAAGCCAUGAUUGGCGACGUCGAUCGCGCUCGGUCUUCGCACACGUUAAUGAUGAACGUCUGGGUGAAAUACGGCAUGUCCCCGGAAAGAUACAUGAUCGCUGAUGACGUUUUACACUCGACUGAACGAGGGUACCAUCUUCGACCGGAGUUAUCGGAAUCGACGUCGUUUUUGUAUAAAGCGACGCAGGAUAAGCGAUACUUGAGAGACGGAAGGAUUAUCGUGGAAGAUCUAAUCAAGCACUCGAAAGUUCCGGGUGGGUUUACAAACGUCGACGACGCUCUGACGAAGGAAAAAGGCGAUCACAUGCCGUCGUAUUUUCUCAGUGAAACGUUGAAGUAUUUGUACUUGUUGUUUACCGAUUUUCAGUUUUUCAAAGUCGACGGGUGGAGCCGAGAUAGUCAGACCCCGACGAGCAAAGAGAUUGUGUUUACCACAGAAGGGCAUCUGUUGCCGGCGUAUCGAACGUGUCCGUACAUACAAGACGAAUCGAAUAAUGUGGAAAAUGUGGUCGAGAAACGAGCUCGAGAAGUGGGCAUUCGUUUGGGUUUCUUUGCGAAAACAAAAAAAGGAGGAGAGAAUCUCGAGAAGAGAGCACCGGUAGAAUCCGACGGGUGGGGAAUAGUAAAUCAAAUCGAACAAGGCGAAGACGAUGCAACGCAAACCGUGUUAAAAACGCUGGCAAAAAUUGCUGAAGCUAACAGCGCACGCGAAGAGAAACGCGUGAAGCAAAGAGAAGAGCGUAAAUUAAUGGGCGCUGAGGGAGAGUAUGAGUGGUCGGAUUGGGAUGACGACGACGAAGAUGAACAAGAAGGAGGAGAGAAAGGAGAAGGGCACGCAAUUCCCGACGAACCCGAAGUUCGAAUCAUUGGAUCAGACGACGAUAGUAAAUCGCCGGAAGAGCGCGAAAAAGCUCGAAAAAUUCGCGACGCGAUCUUGAAUCACAUAGAAGAGCAACAACGGGAGGUUCUAAAGAAACGAGAGGAGGAACAAAAGCUCUUAGAAGAACAACGAUUGGAGCAAGAACAAAAAGCGCAAGAGAAAGAGGAGAAACGCAAACUGCAAACGGAAAAGCGACAGGAGCAGGAGCUUCGAUUUCAGAGACAACAAUUGCAGGAGCAGAAAGCAAAGUUGGAGAUGGAGGAGUAUCAAAAGAGCGUACCGUAUUCGCAUCAAUUUUUGUACCGAGCGGAUGUUCGCGAGAGGUUUAAGAAAACAAAAGGAACGGACUCGGCUUGUCACGUAUUGGAUGAGAACACGGACCACAGCUGCACGAUGAUACUAGAGUGCGGCGUCAAUCCAACCUUGUGCUCGCAACGCGUCUGCGACUCGUCUCUUGGAUCUUGCGUGUAG